CGGAUAAGGACCGCCGAAAGUUACAGAAUGGUAUACACUAAUUAUCAGAGAGAUCUAUUAGAGAUGGAAUACCGAAGCAAAGAGUUUAUUGAUAAAAAGGAUCGGGAACGGAUCGCCGGACAAACCGGAUUAGAUGAUAGCCAAAUUAAAUAUUGGUUUCAAAACCGCAGAGUCAGAGAUAAGAGAAAAAACAAGAGA